AUGUAUCUUUGUGGAGAGACCCGUGUAUGUCAGCCUUACAUCUGUCAAUUUCACCUGGAUAACAACACAGCAGUGACUACUGGAUCAAUUCUUUCAAAAUUUAAUCGCGUGUGGGAAUCCUACGGCAGCCAUUUUAAUAGAACCACAGGAAAACUUGUAGCACCAGAUGAUGGUUCCUAUCUUGUGAUUGUGACGCUGCGUGAACGUGAGGCUAAACUGAUUAAAGUUGAUGUGUACAGGGAUGACACAUUUUUUAAGAACAUUUUUGUUAACUCUGCCAAUACAUCUGCCGCUGGAGCAACAGCUAUUUACACGAUGAAAGGCCAAGAACUUUACUUUAAAGUUGGCCAAGCCGAUGAUGGAGCCAAGCUACACGGAGGAAGUGGCUUUACUAUUCUCAGAUUAUGA